AUGCAAAUUACAAGCAGCCUCCUCUGUUUUUUCCCGGCAUUGUUGUUCCUGCGACUGCCCUCUGUGGUCAGCGGGGAUUGCUGGCUCAUUGAGGGGGACAAAGGCUAUGUUUGGCUGGCGAUCUGCAGUCAGAACCAGCCUCCCUACGAGACCAUACCCCAGCACAUAAAUAGCACGGUUCACGACCUGAGGCUGAACGAGAACAAGCUGAAGGCUGUGCUCCUCACCUCAAUGUACCGCUUCACCAAUCUCACCGACCUCAACCUCACAAAGAACGAGAUCAGCUACAUUGAGGACGGGGCCUUUGCCGGACAGGCUAACCUUCAGGUUCUCCAGCUGGGUUACAACAAGCUGACGAACCUGACGGAGGGUAUGUUACGAGGCCUGGGUCGGAUGCAAUGCCUCUUCCUUCAGCACAACCUCAUUGAGGUCAUUGCCACCAAUGCCUUCUGGGAGAGCCCCAGCCUCAGUAGCCUAGAUCUGUCAUCCAACAAGCUGGCCCGCCUGGACCCGUCCACCUUCACGGUUCUCAACCGGCUACUGGUGUGUGAGCUAGCUGGGAACCCUUUCCACUGUGGCUGCGAUCUCUAUAGCUUCCUCACCUGGCUGGAAGCCUUCAACAAUGUCACACACACCUACGACCGCCUCCAGUGUGAGACCCCACGUGAACUCAAUGGUUACUCUCUUCUGGGUCCCUCACCGGGACACGGUAGGAAUGCCCGAGUCAUCCUUUCCACCAGAUGUCAAGACGGCAUGAUCAUUCCAGGCAUUUCGUCGACCGGACCAGAACUGGAUGGUUCCGGCAUGGGUUUAGACAAUCCGGACCCCGGGCUGUACCACCAGCCAAGCUUUUCAUCCACCCCUGACCCUACUUACAAUCACCAGAUCUCAAUGAAGCUCCAGACUGUGUCCCUCUUUAGCGCCUUAGUGGUGGUGCAGAUACCACGACCAUACAGUAAGAUGUACGUCAUGUCACAGUACAACCACACCUUUGUGGCGGACAUUAUGCCUCUGAAUAACAAGAGGGAGGUGGUAACAUUGGAUAAACUCAGGCCGCACACCAACUACACCUACUGCGUUGCCUCUGUUGGGAAAACCCAGCGCUACAACCACACUUGCCUGUCCUUUACCACACGGGCUCUGGGACCGGCGGACCCCCGCAGCAACCCAUCCACCACCACACACUACAUCAUGACCAUUCUGGGGUGUCUCUUUGGCAUGGUCAUUGUACUGGGCUGCGUCUACUAUUGCCUCAGACGGCGGCGCAUCCAGGACGAAAAGGAGAAAGCUUUGAGUGUGAAGAAAACCAUUCUGGAGAUGAGGUAUGGGCCAGAGACAGCAGCAGCGGUGGCCAAUGAUGCGGCUGCCAUACAACGUCUACAAGAUCAGGCCCACCACCAGCACCACCACGGUGGGGCAGCGGGUAGCAAGUUGCCCCCCUCUGCCUCCUCGAGCACAGGCAUGCUCCACGGCUCGGCCAACACCACUUCUUCCCGCCUCUCCAGUUUACCACAGAUAGAGAAGAUGGCCAGCAACUUUUCUGAGGCCAUGGGCACCAAGGGGAGCUACAUGGACGUAAGGAAUGCCGCCGGGGCUGUAGAGGGCAGAGAGGGCGAGAUGCUGGCGGUGAGCGCAGGAGGGGAGGUUGUUAUAGACAUACGAGGCGGCGAAGCUGAAAAUGGGACAGACAUAGUGGAGGAUUCUGAUGACGAUGGCCGUGGUUCAGCAUCAGAGAUCUCCACCAUCGCCAAGGAGGUUGACAAGGUGAACCAGAUAAUAAACAACUGUAUUGAUGCUCUCAAACUGGAUGCCUCCAAUAAUGUUGUGGAAAACGCAAGUGUCAUCUCCUCCCCGCAUCCUUCAGUUUGCAUGGCAUCCCAUUCGCGGAACCUGCUGCCCCUCGCUUCAGGAGAUCAAAUCAUGGCCUCUUCACCUAAGGUCAACCCCAAGUCACAUCCUCAAGCUCAAGCCCCUCCACAACCUCAAGCUCACUCUCAACUGCACCAGAAGCCUCUUCCUCCCUCCAUGGCUCCAGUGCCCCUAGUGAUGCCCCUGUCAGAACGGCCCGGUAUCAGCGGUGGGGGGUUCCUUUCUCCUCCAUACCGUGACCCGCCCCCGGCUAACGCAGUGCGGCCCCUUCAGAGGCAACUGAGCGCAGACACCGCUGUGACCAAGAAUCGCUGUGGAACCCCUGCCGCCGGGGGACCGGUCAAGAGUGGCCGGGUGUUCAGCAUGGAUGCACCUGAGAAGCGUAAUGACCCACCCAAGUACCCUUCAGAAAAAAGCAGCCCAGUGGGUAGUUCUGUAGGGGGCUGCAAUGGAAUGGGGAGUGUCAAUGGGGGAGGUGGGGUGAGCAUGAAUGGCAGUGGCAUAGCGUGUAGUAAUGGAAGUGGAGGUCGAGGUGGAGCAUCUGGUUCUGGUCCUGGUCUGCAAAAGCAGCAGCACCACCACCUGGAGGUUCAGUCCGAUUACCACAGCUCCGAACACCGCCAUUCCUUCCCUGCGCUCUAUUAUGAGGGUGGCAGUGAGUCGCCCUCAACAGCCCAGAAAGUAUCCUUUCUUAAACCAAUAGGGCGCUCCAAAAGGGAUGCCGCAGCUGCCUAUUCACAGCUGUCUCCUGCCCGCCACCACCACCACUACAACUCCGGUUACUCUUCUAGUCCCGAGUACUCAUCGGAGAGCACACUGCGGAUCUGGGAGCGAUUCCGUCCAUACAAGAAGAGUCCGCGGGAGGAGGCGUCUUACAUCGCAGCGGGCCAUGCCCUGCGCAAGAAGGUGCAGUUUGCCAAGGAUGAGGACCUUCAUGACAUUUUAGACUAUUGGAAGGGUGUUUCCGCCCAGCAGAAGCUGUAA